CACAUACCUCAGUGUAUUACAUCAAGCAAGAAGAGACUCCUGAUUAAAUUGGACGCAAUUCCAGAACUAUGGCUCGUCAGACUGAAGUGGUGUUUGUUCUUCUUCUCGCCAUGGUAGCAACAGCUUUUGCCAACACCUCAUGUUGUCCACAUGGCUGGGUGAAAUUUGGAGGACGUUGCUUCAAGUAUCAGGCCACCAGCGUGGACUGGGCUUCUGCUGAGAAAUACUGUCUGAAUCUCGGGGCCAACUUGAUUUCAAUACACAGCGAAGGUGAAUAUCAGUGGUUCAAGUCCUUUGUCCUUGCUGCGGACCCCAAGAACAAUCCAACAUGGAUCGGCCUUAAUAACUGUCAGAAGAAAAACCACUGGUUUUGGUCUGACGGCACCAAAUUGAUUUUCACCAAGUGGAGUCCAACUCAACCCAAUUUUGUAGGUACAGAGUGCUGUGUGCUUAGGAACUGGGGUGAUGAGAAGGACUGGCUUGAUGCUCCAUGUGAGUGGACCUAUCCCUUUGUUUGUGUCAAGAGGCCUAAGUGAAAUGCUCCCAGCCUCAACUUGGCAACUAUAAUACAAUGUUGGAUUUUUUUUCCUUGUCACUGAUGGAUUUACAAAAACCUCACUGUGGCAAUUUACCAUAAUU